UGACGCCAGUCAGCUGGCCACCUGGCGCCAAUUUUGGCUCAUUAACGGUAUGUCGCUAAUAAACACCACGAAGAAGAAACGUUACUUAAAAUGUGAAGAUAUCGGUGGUCACAUGUUUCAGAUUAAUGUGGAACAUUUAGGAAUUUGAUCCUAACAAUGAAUCACAACAAGUCCCGAAUCUACCGGUGCUGGACAUUUGUCCUUGUUGUUUUUACCGUCACAGAGAGCCGCUAUGCAUCGUACGGCCCCCUCAAAGUUCAAGGCCCGAGCCGGGCGUCUUCUGGUUUUGUCCAGUCUCCUUUCUCGACACAGAAACACGAAAGUAAUUCGAAACCUGUGAGUGUGAAGUGUCACUCCGACGCUAUCGAGGUUGUGGUUCAAGCUGACUUGUUCGACACGGGCCUUUUGCUGAACCCGGAAUAUCUGCGUCUGGGUUCGCCACCAGCGAGUGAAGGGCGGUCGUGCCGUGCUUCCCAGACUGAAGAGGGGACGUUGCUUAUCCUGGCAGACCUGCUGGACUGUGGAACUCGACUCUCGUCAACUGGAGACAUACUCAUCUAUUCUAAUGUGCUGAUCUACUCGCCCAAGCAGUCAUCUGAUGGCUUGUUUCGACUGGAUGGAGCAGCUAUCCCAGUUGAGUGCCAUUUUGACAAAAAGUAUUCAGUGGAUGAAGUUUCCCUGUAUCCCACCUGGGUACCCUGGGUCUCUGUCGCCUCAGCUCACCAUUAUAUAGGCUUCCGUCUGCGCCUUAUGACUGACAACUGGCAGUUUGUGAGGCGGUCUCAUACGUACUACUUGGGUGACCCGAUGCACUUUGAAGUGUCCGCUGUGGUCCGCAAACACAAACCCUUGCGAGUCUAUGUCGACCAUUGUGUGGCCACAGACGCCCCUGACCCACAGUCCACGGCAAGAUAUGACUUUAUCGAGCGUAAUGGAUGUCUCACUGAUGCCUUCCUGACAAACUCCAGCUCUCACUUCCUGUCCAGGGUUGAAGAGCACACGCUUCGAUUUCAGCUGGACGCUUUUAGGUUCCACCAAGGGCCCAGCAGUCAGGUUUACAUCACCUGCUGGUUGAAGGCAGUCCCAACCACGUCAGCAGUCAGCUCUCAAAACAGGGCCUGCUCUUUUGUUGACAACAGAUGGAUGUCAGUGGAUGGGGAAGACCAGGUCUGUAGAACCUGUGAUCCUCUUGCAGUCAAAGAAGAAACAACCACAGAGAGAGAAACAGAGCAGCCUAUGAAGUCGAUGCGGAAUUUUGCUCUGACUAACCCAAAACAGUCGAGCAGCUCUCUGCAGGUCCGCCCAAGAAUGUUCCCAGGCCACAAAUCUCAGCAGUCCUUUUCUGAACUGAUGAACUCUAAAGCAGAGCGAAUCAUCCAGUUUGGACCUCUUACUGUCAAAUAGACAGUCUCUAACAAUACUUGCAUCAGGACCUCUAACGUGGUUGAAUGGCAAUUUCUCUGAUUUGAGCUGCCAAUUGGAAGAUGAAUCCAUGGAGGUCACUUGACGCCCUGCGUAGGACACUGAAAUCGUUUGAUCCCUGUUUGAUACACUGUACAUGUUUCUCCAAUAUAUGUUUUACAUGAGCCGUGCUUUGUUGUUUUUAACCUACUCAUCUGAAUUUCUCCAGCUUUCAGUCGCUUCCGGGCUCAAAAUGACUUUUGCAAACAAAAUUUAAUUAGUCUUGGGUUUCUAAGCACUCAACCUCAUUAGGCGCAACAAACAGAAAUGGAUGGGAGAGAUGCGCUGUCUAUUUCUGCUCAAGUACACAAACACCGCACAUCCAUCCUUUCGGCGUCCACUGAUCAAUCCGACAUAUCUGCUGUUUUGAACUGAGUGAAGCAGGCAUGCUAUUAUGGAGCACUUCCUUCCAUUACCACCCACAAACUGCCCAUCAUGUAGUCACUUUAUUGAUUGGUUAUUUGUGCGGGGGCCCUGAUGUAGCAUGAAAAGUUGGCUUUAACAGCAUCAAUAUCAAAGCUAUGGUUGUAUAUCAUUGUUGCAUGUUACUUACACAUUAUAGCACGUUUUGGUCUGCCUGUCCCUCUUUAGCGUCAAAUUACAUUUAAAAAACAGCUAAUACACCUAUGGUUUGCAUAUGUAAAAAAAAAUAAAAAUUGGUCAACCGUUUGAGAAUGUGAACUUAAACUGAAACAUUUUCAUUCCGACUGUAAAAAACUGUACAGCCCAGCAUGUCUAUAGUGUGUGCACAUACAGUCAGUCUCGGAAAAAUAGCCACCCAUUCGAAGUUGGUGUUAUGGGAGGCUAUACAUUCAAUGGUAAUGCCAUCCAUGCAUUUUGUAUGUCGCUUAUCCUCACUAGUGUCGCGGGUGUUCUGGAUCAUAGCUAUCAUAGCUGUUUUUGGGUGAAAGGCGCGGUACAGUGUCUGUUCCAACUCUAUUUUUAUUUGCAUUAUUUGGAAGUUCUUUAGUACAAAACAAUCUCCAGAUGAAUAAUUGGGAAGCUGGAAGCAGACCACCUGCACUAUUAAUUCCUAAAACAUGCAACAGCAGCACACCACCAGGGAGCAUUUUACUGCACAAGACCACUUUUGUUGACAAGCUUUUAAUCCAUUAAGAUUUUAUACCUAGGGGCCUUCGCUGUGGGCUACAAAUACUUUUUACGAGCAUCUCCUCCACCUCUGGUCAGCAUCUCUCACAUUGUGUUCUUGGGGUGUUGAGUACUGUCCAUGGUUCUGAAGCCAUUUUUGGCCCAUGUCCCUAUGAUAAAUCAUUGGUUAUGUUACAGUACUUUGAGAAAACGACUGGUCGAUUUCCCGGGCGCCUGUUUACUUUCUUAGAAAAUGAAUAAGCCAUUGCAUGUAAUGUCUGGGUUGCAAUUCACUGGUGGGCUAUAACAGGCCCACUAAGUGUGUAAUAAAUCUGUGAUGCUCCAAAGUACACUUGGGCUUUUAUGUUGUGCAGAGCACAGGCAGUGGGACUUGCUCAGCGAGAGGUGCUUCGCUGUGGACACUAUAAUGAUGCGUCAGUCUCCACAUCCUUCAAGAUGCGGACACGCUCUUUGCCGGGAUGACCAGGAAUGCUGCCCUCGAGGAAACGCCACCACCAGUGCAGGAACCUGUUGCAAUCACUUGGAGGACAAGACUUACUACCACGUUGCCAUGGUGACUCGCAAACUUUCUGGUGUUCUGAUUAUGCUUCUUCUCUUUGCCUUGGGAUACUUGGUGCAGCGAGUGUUGUGUUCUAGGUCCAGGCAGCUCAACCCUGCACACAGUGGAGACCCGGCUGUUACAACAUCACAGGAGCUGCUGGUGGGGAGCUCCACUCCGGACAGUCUCUUGGACGGUGGAACCAUUGCUAAUCUUCCCACGUAUGAUCAGUGCAAACAUCUGCCAACAUACGAGGAGACAGUACGGUAUGGACAGCCCAAUUCCUCUGUGGGACAAACUACCUGACAAGGACACUUUUUUUUUUUUUUUUUUUUAAAUCAAAGGAAAGACUUGUUAUAAUUUGAUGCCCUUUGAAGGAAUAUUGUCUCGUAAGCAAGAACAGUUAGGCUAAUGAGGAUGAUGCUGCAUAAGUAGCAAUCUGACUUUAAUGGCUUUGCUAAUGUUGAUGAAUAAUUUACCAAUACCUGAUAG